AUGGCCGUCCUUUUCAAACUCAGCGCCAUCGUCACGACGAUCGUGAUGACAAUUGCAAUUGCUCCGUCGACCGCGAUCGCAGUAGCAGUGGCAGUCAGUUCCACAGCUCCCCCAAGCGGCAGCUACACCCUCUGCCAAUUCUACUCGAGCAUCCCAGGAAUUUCCUCGACGCAUGAGACUUCAAUGACGCUACCUCUCUGCCCUUCCAGCCUGUUGACCUUUUCAUACACGAUCCCUCCAACGACCGCCACCCCAACUAGCACCAUUGCCCCGUCUUCUUCCAGCGACACAUCCACCUCAUCAUGGACACUGUGCCAAUUCUACUCGCGCAUCUCCGGCGUGCCUUCGCCAACGACACGGGUCUCAAGCAUGACCUUGCCAUCCUGCCCGGCGAGCCUGCAGGAUAUCACAUACUCGUACCAGCAGGCGCCCUUGGCAACUGCAGGUGGCCACGUUCCCAGUAGUACUACUGCGACCACAGCGUCGCCGGCGUCAGCCACAUCUUCAGUCACUACUAGCACGGGCUUUGUUGCGGCUGCUGCUUCUACAUCUAGCUUCACUGGCGCCGCUGCCGCCGCUCCUAGACCACCUGUACGUUUGGAGAGAAUUGCCCUUGUUGGUGGUGUGGGUGGGAUCCUGGCGGGAGCUGUGGGAAUGAUGCUAUGA